UUUUUCAUUAAAAAUUCUUACAGUUAUGAUCAAAACUUCACAGUUUCUUGUAAUUUUCAUAGCAGGAUGGAUUUUCUUGGAAUGUCACCGUUCAGUUUACAUAAGAAGUAGCCUAAGGGCUUUUACCGGCGUGACGUGACCUUUGCCCUCAAGGAGUUAGGCAAAAUGGCGGACCCAAAGUAUGCAGAUCUACCCGGAAUCGACUACCAGCCUGAUGUGUAUGAGACCAGUGACCUUCCUGAAGAUGACCAGGCAGCAUAUGUUGUGGAGGAACUGAACAGUGACUCUGUGAGCAGCCUACCUGUCAACCCUAACUCUUCCUACGAGAAGUUCAAAGGAAAAGUCGUCUCCUCCAAAGGACUUGAUUUCUCAGAUCGUAUCAGCGGGUCCCGCAGGACUGGCUAUGAGACGCGCACCGAAUACGAAAUCCUGGGAGAGGGGGAAGGAGUGGAGACUCCUCAGCAGAAGUUCCAGCGUCUUCAGUGUGAGAUGAAGGAACUGGUGGAAGAUGUCGAGAAACUUAAGACUGCCAUGAAAGACACGAGUGAGACGGACCAGCUGAACCCUGUGCAGGUGUCCCAGCAGGUGCAGGUGCUGCAGAAACAGCUGUAUGAGCUGCACCUGGAACAGACGUUGGGACAGGAGGCAGCUGCUGACAUCACUGAUCCUCACAAUGCCCUGCCAAAGAAGGUGAUCACACAACUGGAUGCCAUAAAGAGUGGAAGUGCCACGGCUAAGACCCCCUCUAAGAAGGGUCUGUUCUCCCGAGCAGCCCCUGCAGCCUCCACAGACCAGCAGGUCACAUACGAGCUGUACUACAGACCUGAGCAGGCCAAACUACGGGAGAAGGCCAAGUUGGGACAGCUAGAGGACAGAAUACAGCGGUUGGAGGCAACAGUUGGACACAGCCCUGAAAAAGUGUCUGCCCUGACCAGAGAUGCCUCCACCAAGAGCCUGAUGGGAGCUGUGGCGACCCUGGAGGCCAGGACCACCAUGUUAGACCCCAUCCAGCUGGACCACAUCGAGGCCAGGAUGCAGGGGGUACUCCAGAAACUAGCUGAACUCAACAAACAGAGGGCAGCAGUGGAGGAUGCUGACAAACAGAGCAAGAUUUCCGAGCUGUAUGACCUGAUGAAGAAGUGGGAAAGCAUGGCCAACAGCCUGCCACAGGUGGUGGAGAGGAUGGCAGCACUCAGUGAACUACAUCAGCAAGCCAUGCAGUUUAGCCAGGCCUUGAGCCAACUGGACACCACCCAACAGCAGCUGUCCACCACUCUCAAGUCCAACACCACUAUGGUCAAGGAGCUCCAAGACAAUUUUGCUGCCAACAUGGCCACCAUAGAAGCCAACUGUAAGGCCCUGGAUGCACGACUAAAGACGGUGAAGAAGUAACUUGUGCAGCUUCAGUUCAGUUGAUCGAUAGUUUUAUGUUUCAAGACUUUGCUGGAUGCACACAACAUUAUCUGAGUUAUCAGACCCAUUUUCACCUUUGUAUCUUACUGAAGCUUUCUUGGAUUAUCUUUACAAGGGUAUCCGAUUCUCAAUGGUAGGUUUCAACCAAAACUGCAAAUUUUUGUCAGUCCAUGUAA